AUGAUCAAGAAUCAAGGUGAAUAUAUGCCAUUGAUCGAUUCUAAUAUCAAUACAUUCGAUCUGAGUGUUAAUAUUCAUGAAGAUCGAUUCAGUCAUAUGAAAGGAAUGAUGAUUCUUUACAUCGGAUCACAGAAAAACAUGAGAAGUCAUGCAAUCGAAUUCAAAGCCGGAUCCAAAAUUCCUUCGAAAAACUACAAAUUCAAGUAUGUUGAUGCCGAGAGAUCCUCCAUUGUUCUUUCAUUAUACAACAGAAAAUCAUUUUGGUCAGAAGAUGAACAAAUUGGACAAUUAAAUAUUCCUCUUUGUGAUUUCAAUGUUUAUAACACAGAUACAAGAGAAAUUCAAUUCCAAAACAAUGGCCCAAAGAUGACAAUUCAGGCAUCAAGAAAAGAAAUGUUUUAA